AUGGGUCAAUCACUAUCAGAGCCCGUCACCGACAAGACCACCUCUUCCGGCGGCAAUGACUCUCUUCUCUAUGCUAUCUCCGACAUGCAGGGUUGGCGUAUCAGCAUGGAGGACUCGCAUGCUACAAUCCUCGACCUUAAGAAUGCUGAAGGUGACAUUGUUGGCAGCUUUUUCGGUGUUUACGAUGGACAUGGAGGCUCGUCUGUCGCCCAGUACUGUGGUCGCAACUUGCACAACAACCUCACCUCUGAGGAAAAUUUCAACAAAGGCCACUAUCUAUCUGCAUUACAGGCGGCUUUCUUAAAAGUCGACGAAGAUCUCAAGGAAGACCUAGAGUAUGUCAAUGAUCCCUCGGGAUGCACUGCUGUCACCGCAUUCAUCCAGACCGACAAAGAUUCGAAGCGGAUUGAAAGAGUCUUCUGCGCCAACGCCGGCGACUCUCGUUGCGUUCUCUCGCGAGCAGGACAACCCAUCGACAUGAGUACCGAUCAUAAGCCUACUUUGAGCUCGGAGCGACAACGUAUCGAGGCUGCAGGUGGUUACGUCAGUGAGGGUCGUGUCAACGGCAACCUGGCUCUCAGCCGAGCCAUUGGUGAUUUCGAGUUCAAGAGGACCUUCAGACUUCCAGUAGAGCAGCAGAUCGUCACCGCUUUCCCCGAAGUGCGCAAUAUGGAAAUCCUCGAAGGCCAAGACGAGUUUCUUGUCCUUGCUUGCGAUGGUAUCUGGGAUUGUCUCAGCAGUCGGGAGGUUGUCGAUAUUGUUCGACGAUCCAUCGCCAACGGCAUAGAGCUCAAAGACAUCUGCGAGGACCUCAUGGACCGCUGUCUCGCACCAGACUCGGACACCGGCGGCAUCGGAUGCGACAACAUGACCGUGUGCAUUGUAGCACUGCUCAACGGCCGGACCAAGCAGGAAUGGUACGACUGGAUCAAGGAGAACAUCGAAGUGCUACAAGACGGCUACCGCGUAACACCUAAGGAUGUCGCGCCGGUCUUCAAGAGCUCACCAUUUACUUGGCGAGGUCAGAAAACUGGCAUUGACGGCCCUGUCAGCAUUAAGUCGCUCUUGUCUGGCAGUUUGCCGCGCAACGAUGAUGACGAUGAUGAGGCAGGAGGACAACUUCGAUUGCCGGGCGGUCUCGCCGGCGCUCUCACCGGUGCUGGCAUUGUUUUCCGUCCUGGCGGACGCUCGGAGGAAGGUGAAGUUGUUUACGAAGCACACGUUGUUGACGAGGACGACAGCGGAGACGAGCAGUCCGAGACCUCAGGACAAGCUCAGGCCGAUGGCGAUGCCAAAACUAAGACUUCCACUACAACCACUGACGCAAGUGCUGAGCAAGAGCCAAGGCUAGUCGAGUCUCCUCGAAUGGACGCCAAGCCAGCCAGCUCUAGAGAAGAGUCUGACAAGAUGGAGGUGGACAACGAGACCGAGACAUCCGGCAAGAACAAGUAA